GUUCAAAAUAAGAUUGCUUUGCAGAAGGAAUUAGGUCUUCCUGUGAUACCUGAAUGUCCCCUGAUUGGAUUCAUAGGGAGAUUAGACUACCAAAAGGGCGUUGACCUUAUUCGUUGGGGAAUUCCUGAACUUCUGAAUGAUGAUGUUCAAUUCGUUAUGCUUGGGUCUGGAGCUAAAAUGUAUGAAGACUGGAUGAGAGAAGCAGAGGCAGCUCAUAAAGACAAAUUCCGGGGUUGGGUUGGAUUCAAUGUUCCGAUUUCCCACAUAAUAACUGCAGGUUGCGACAUACUGCUGAUGCCCUCGAGAUUUGAACCCUGCGGACUAAAUCAGUUGUAUGCAAUGAGAUAUGGAACUAUUCCAGUUGUUCAUGGCACCGGAGGACUUCGAGACACUGUGCAGACGUUCGAUCCAUAUGCUAACGACGGUCAAGGUGAUGGCACAGGGUGGACAUUUUCUCCAUUAGCAGUAGACAACAUGUUAUGGGCAUUGAGAACUGCGAUAUCGACAUACAGAGAUCACAAAGAGUCGUGGGAAGGGAUGAUGAAGAGAGGCAUGGAGAAGGACUACUCAUGGGAGAAUGCUGCUGUCCAGUACGAGCAGGUCUUCGAAUGGGCCUUCAUCGAUCCCCCUUACUGUUAGAAAACCAGAGGACUGCUACUUCAACCACCACAACAACAGCAACUACAUCAAGCUAGCUUUCAUCAGACAGAAGAACCUUCACAAGAUCCUCUUUUGCUGGCCUAGCAGGCUUCCAUUACUCAGCACUCCCUAGUGUUAUUGCUAUAGUUCUUAUAUCGUUUGUUAGAUGGUAGGACCUGGUUUUAGCUGCACAAUCUGAUGUGAUUGUGGGUUCCAUUACCAGGUGAUUCUAUUUUAAUCAAAGUUUUGUACGUGGG